AUGCCUCAUAAAUCAGUUAGAAGAACUCUAGGUAUUGAACCACCAGACCUCUACAGAGAACACUGGCAUCCGGAUCGCAAGAACAUUGAGCGCGAGAAAUGCAAAGUCUUCCGGAAAGAGCAGAAACUCCUGAUCUGCGAGCUUCUGGACGAUCUGCCGUCCUCGUCGUCUCAUACCACACCCACCUUGUCGUCCGCCUCUCCUAGAAAAUGGUCCUCUUUCUCUCCCAUCCGGCGGUUGUUCAAGAGGAGCAAACGCCACCGCAGAAGCCAAGCCACAUCCCACGCGGACCACUCCCGAUCCAAUAUGACUCCGUGGUACAAGAUUGUCGGCAAGAUCUACCCGUCAGACAAGUCGACUGGAGUCUUCAAAAGCGUGCCCGCUGGCUUGUUGGCUCUUGAGCCCGUCUCCUCAUGUCAUCCUGAAUUGAUCCAUGACGUACGACACUACCUUCGACAGCGUCCUCAUAGACAAGACUGGACGGUCAAGGGUGCCUUGCCAAAAUCUGGACAAACGCCUUCGACCGCUGUUGGGACUGAAAAGGGCCUAUCAUGGCGUUCGCCAGAGCUCGCAAACCGCGGCUGCUCCACGUCUCCGGCGAGUCAGCCACCCGAUUCCCGCGGUCAGCGCCGCUUCGUUCUCCUUGAGCGCCGCGUCAGAUGUAAUUGCGAGGAGUCAUUCCAUCCGCGUCAUCGUCUUCGAGUCUUCUACAAGCUCGGGUACGUACCCGAUCCACAGAAGGCGGCCGAGGCGAAAAGGAGGGCUGAAAGGAUUGAGAGGCAGAGGGCUCGUACGACGAUCGCACUGAGCACUGCCACCAUCGCUUGCGGAGCGGGAGCCGUAAUAGCGGCUGGUACUUGA